GUCAGUAUUUUAUAAGCAUUAAUUAAUUGUAAUUUCGAAAGUUGCUGGCCCCCUCUUCGCUCUCCAUCAGUAAACCAUGCACCCGUUUAACGGAAGUCUCGGUAACUUCAGUCUGAUGGAUGUUGAGGACACGCCCAGAGAUGAGAACCUGGCCAAAGUAGAGAUCGCGCUGCUCAGCGUUAUCUUCGUCAGCGCGGCUAUCCUGAAUACCUGGAAUUUACUGGUUCUGUGGAAGCGGCGCAAACAGGUCUCCAGGAUGCGUGUCUUCGUGUUCAAUCUGUGCAUCGCAGACCUUGUGGUGGCGUUUUUCCAGGUUUGCCCGCAGCUCAUGUGGGACAUUAUGGACAGGUUCAUCGGACCAGACCUGGUGUGCCGCUUGGUGAAGUAUCUGCAGGUAGUGGGCAUGUUUGCGUCCACCUACAUGAUCGUGGUGAUGACCAUUGACCGCUACCAGGCUAUAUGCAACCCCAUGGUCAAGUUUCAGAGGAGGCACGUGCGCUGGAACAUCCCAGUGUGCCUCGCCUGGACGAUCUCCCUCGUGGGCGGCCUGCCUCAGAUCUUCAUCUUCUCGAGGGUCCAGGUGGCGCCCGGGGUGUUCGACUGCUGGGCGGACUUUAUCCAGCCCUGGGGCCUGAAGACCUACAUCACCUGGACCACGCUGGUCAUCUUUGUCUUGCCCAUUUUGACCGUGGUGGUGUGCCAGGUGCGAAUCUGUCGAGUCACUCAGGUCAACUUUUACCUAAAGACGCAUCAGGAGGGGGGCAGCGGGGUGGCCUUUCCACUGCCCUCCAGAACCAGCAGCGUGGCCGGGAUGUCCAAAGCACGAAUCAAGACCGUGAAGAUGACGGUGGUUAUUGUGCUCGCCUACAUCAUCUGCUGGGCUCCGUUCUUCAUGGUCCAGCUUUGGUCUGUUUGGGACACGGACGCGCCGACGGAAACGGCGACGUUCACCAUACUGAUGCUAUUGGCGAGUCUCAACAGCUGCACAAACCCCUGCAUCUACCUGUUCUUCAGCCGCCAGCUGCCCAAGAAGCAUAGUUUCCGCUCAGCCCAGUCAAAACUGUUCGCUGCUCUGGCACCCCAAUGUCCGUCCGAAGGGAAAGACUCCAUUAAUGAUGAGGCAACAGUGGUCAGCUCGCUCUACAUGAGCUUCAAAAGCAUUUCAGACUCCAAAUGGAGCGCACGGUUUUCAUAUCCCCCGGGUGUGUGGGGAAGCAAGUGACUAGAGGCACGCACGGUCAAUCAGGUAACGGACCGUGAGUCAAGGGCAGCUCUAAUGACGGGCUAUUUCCAUGUUAUUUACUCCCUCGAUAUCAUGGUCAAGAUAUGUCAAGUGAUCCUUCGGGGCGAUUAAAGCACUCACUAUAAUGGAGCCAGAAAUAGGUGUGAUAAUUAUGAGCGGACAGUAGGGUAUGUGCACAAAUACGCGCGAAAUCCUGGGGGGUAAACCACAGCUGAUGGAUGAAGACAGCCCAUUGAUGCUGUAGGCUGGUGCUGGGCGUCACAGGGAGCUAAAUCACGGUUGUAAAACCUCUGGCAGACAACAUAGGAAUGAGAGAAAUUGUGACAAAGGGGUCAUGGUGUGGUCAACAUGUCGAUGGAGUCCAGAUAAUAGAGUAGUUUGGUACCUUUUGUGAAUAAAUGUCAAAAUCUAAUCUAACAAAACCACUGUUAACACCUGCAAACUGUUUGACAAAAUAUUGUAUAGUAGGCCUAUAGAAUGCAUUUACUGCCUGUGAUUAUUGUUAUAUUUAAUAAAUAUAUUGUAAACGAUCAAACUUUCAUCAUCAACAGUGGAGAAGCUGUUUAGUGCUUUUAUGAUGCCAGGCAGAGACAUGGUGAAAUAAUCAUUUACAAAAUAGAAGCUGUGUGUUCACAGAGACAGUCCAAGUUUGAUGUAGCUUUUUAACAAGAUAGGCCUACAAGCCAACUUUAGAGAGACUAGACAGAUUUUUGGAAAACCUUAACAUUGUACAUACAAAAAACGAUGUAUGAAAGUCUUCUCUAAUGUUUAUUUUCUAUGUUGUAAACGGAGAAAGACAGUAAUAAUUUUGUAGUGCAAGCGAUUAUAAAAUAAACAACCCCAUUUUAGUGGGUCAAUAGCUAGGUUUUCAUCCAAUUGGACAGAUUUUCAUGCAAAUUAAUAUGCAAAAACCCGCAUAAAAACAAUAUGCGCAUUUUCGCACCAAAUAUGUGUUUCCAUCAAAUUGUCUUGUUGCAAGAUAAAAAAUAUA